AAUUGCUGUUUUUUUUUUAAUCAGCAUCCCAAGGUACUGAUCAUUGGAAGUGGAGUGAUUGGCCUUACUACUGCAUAUCUGCUACUUGAAAAAGGGUUGGUUUGGUCACUUAACUUGUUCAUUGUUAAUGGAAACUAAUUAUGGGGAUUAAUUAGCAAUCAGUUGGCUUUCUUUAUGUUUUGCAUCUUUUUUUUGCCACAAAUUUUCAAUGCAAACAAGGGCAGGUUUAGUGGUGGGGGAGAGAGGAUCACUCCCCCACUUUUCUGUGAUAUUUUAUUUGUAUUAUUUUUAGCUCAGUAGACGUUCUGUGGAUAAAUAUGAAAAUGAUUGAUUGACUGAUUGAUUGAUUGAUUGAUUUUUAAGGAAUUCUCAGUAAAAUAAAUGGUACCUAGUAUAUACAUCAUCACAGAAAUAGGGAACAGCAAAGAAAUUAAUCAACUGUUAUGAUGCACAAUUUUUUAAUUCAUAGAGACUGUAUCUGUGUUGCUUUCAAACCUAUUGCUUGUUUUGAUGUUGCCCUCCUCAGUUUGCUUAUUGUACAUCAGAUGGAAGAAAAGAACAUUAAACAAUAUAUUUUGAGUAAAUAAUUAAAUGGUUGGUUGUGGGAGUGGUGGGGAUAACAGGGGUGGAUGGAGGAUUUUGUGAUAGAAGGGGAAUAGAGAUAUAAUAUACAGUGGCUAUAUGGGUGCAAUUAAGUGCCCAUCUGGACUGCGAACGUUGCACGGUUCUAGGGAGUUUUGGGCGCAUGCUCCUGCACGAAAAUUUUUGAGAUUGAAGUUCUCUGAGAUGCAAUUUUAAAAGUGCAACCUGGGCACUUAAAUUUAGCAAAUGCGUGGAUUCCAUAUUGAACAUGUGAUGCUGAAAUAUUUGAUAAACCCCAAAAAGUGGGGCCUUGGCCUCCUGGGCCCAUUCCUAAAUCCGCCCUUGGAUAACAGCUCUUUUAUUUGACCAACAGCUUUGGUGUGAUCAUUGUAGCUAAAGAAUUUCCAUCUAUCCGUCGCUUGCCCAAGAUUGCCUCUGAGGCAGCUGGAGCACUAUGGGUUCCUCCACCGAUGAUGAACUUACAUAGAGUUGCAUUAGAACGUCCAGAUUUACUAGAAACAUAUAAGGUCUCCAUUUUCAUUUAUUUCGACUAAUAUGUAGCCUCAGAAUAAAAUAGCUGACAUUUUGCUAUGCCACCUCUGGUUUACCCAUGAAAUGACUACUACCAAGAUUCGGGUACUGCUUCUGAUUGGUCAAAUCAAAUUUUCAGCCGUUCAGAAGCACUACCCAGAUCUGUGUAGUGUCGCAUGAGUAUCGUGCAAGAGUAUAGCUCAUUUCUCAGACUUCAUUUCAUAGGUAAACCAAAGGUGGCAUUACAAAAUGUUGGCUGUUUUCUCAGGCUAAUUAAUAUGAGGUUCCAGGAAAUAUCUUAAUGUUCACCCCAUGGAGGGUCAAGUGGAAAUUCUGAGCAGUAGCUGGUGGGGUCCAGUCCUUUAAUGCCAAAAAUUUAAAAGGAAUGUAUGACACUGAACUAGAGUAGAACUUUUAUAGGGGUUGGGAGAUUUAAAGCCAAAAAACCCUCACUGAUCAGAAAUAAUUAUAAUACAACAACACAAUAUUAUAUUAUUUUAAAAUACUGGUCAACCAGAAUGGUUAUUUCUAAUUUAAUAAAAUUAAUUAGAUUGAAUUAAAUUAAAUUAAUGAAAUUUAUUUCUUAAUUAAACAAAAAAUACGUCCAAUUGUAAGCCCUCCAGAAUAUGAGCCCUCUAGCUCCAAUCAUUAGAUCUCGGGGUAUAAGCACCCCUCUGAAUUCAAUCUAUUUUGAACUUUUGAAGGUAAAUUAAAAUUAAAAACCGCUAAAUGCAGAAGGAAUAUUCAUUUAUCAGAAAGCAGUUAUAUAUACCUUAAUUGUCUCAAAGUGCCUCCGGUUAUAAGCUCUCUUGGAUUUAAGCCCCUCAGUUUAUAAGCUGUCCUAAAACCCAUUAGAAAGAUGUACUGUAAGUCCUCUGUUAAGCCUCCCCUCUCUAAUAAGCCCCUCACUGUGGUACCUGAGAUUUCACUUUAAUAUAAAAAUAAUGAUUCACAUCUCUUGACUACUAAAAAAGGUUUAAAAUCAAGUAGCAGACACCAUGCAAAUCACAGUAUAUUGAGUGAGUUUGUGGAAGGGGGGAGGGGGUGAUUGAAGAUAUCAAGUUGACUUUAAUUUAUUUUAUACAUUCAAUCUUCAGAGAUGGUCAGCUUAUGGUGAAGAAAGGUAUACACCACUUACUGCAGAUGCUAAAAUCACCGGUGUUUACUUGAGGGAAGUUGUGGCUGUUCUUCCAGAAGAGGUAGUCGACUAUGUCGUGGUUAUUUAUUUAUUAUUUAUUUAUUUUUAAAUAGUUAAUAUUAUUUAUUUAUCUACUCUAAUAAAAUUAUUUUUUCAAGCAUUAAUGCCCUAUUGUUCCCUUAGUUUUUUUCUUGAAAACAUACUAAAAUUCUUAUCUGAAUCACUAUUUUUUUUGUACUGAGUACUGUAUUAAACUAACAGAAUUAAUGCCAGGGGGAAUACACUCUGGAUAUCAAGGUUAGUGACAGUGGUGAUUGAAUGGGGACAAAAAUAUAAAACCCCCCAAAAAUCCUUGGGCUUCCAACAAAGUCCAAAAAAUUCCUAGACACAGAAAAAUUUACAACCCUAAAAACAUGCCAUCUUGAAUUUCCGAGCCCUAAAAAUUUUCAGAAAGCAUUAAAUAAAACACUGGCAAUAAAACAGUGUUAUGUCAUUAAAUGCUUCAGAUUGUUUAUACCCCAAAAAAUCCCUACUUCAUUCAAUCUGCCCAAAAACUUUCUACCCAAAAAAUCCAGGAAUUGAAAAUUUCAAACCCAAUAAAAUCGUUCAAUCAUCCCCGUCACUUGAAAUGUGGAGUACACCCCCCCCCCCCCCCCCCCCACCCUUACUACGCCCCCUUUCUAUAUUUAUGUCUUUUUUUGCGCUUUGGGUUUGUUUACUUUUUUUCAUGGACAUUCUUUUUUUUUCUCUUAACUGAAUGUAUCUUUUUUUUUUGGUUGUUUUUACAGCUGCUGGUGUCUUACCCCCCCCCCCCCCCCCACUGGGAAUUAACGUCACUCUCUUAACUUUGGUUGUAUUGUCUUGGGGCUGCAGUGCUUAUUAAUAUUUCAGGGCAACACUUUUUUUUUCCCCAAAAAAUGUGGUGCUUAUUUGAGGGUGCUGCUUAUUCAGCAGUGGCACUUGCUACCUUUUCAAUCAGGAAUUAACGAAUAAUAAUUAGUCUAUUUAUAUUAUUAAUUAGUCACAGUUGACAUAUUAUUUUGUUUUGUUUUUGUUAGGUAGACCAAGCUACUUUAAAACAGUACAAACAGCUAAGAGGAUUUAGGCAGUCCCCUUUGCUUCUAAAGGAAAAAGGUUAUUAUUCUUUUAUUUAAGUAUUGACACUGAGUGUAAUAUUUAUUAGUUUUAACUUGCAGAGAGUAAUUUUCAUUUGAAUGGUGUCUUGAAAAUAGUCUUUAAUGACUAUAUUGCUGAUUAACUAUUAAAGUGUCACCAGUUUUCUAGCACAGUCCUACCAAACUUUUUGGUCAAAAUUAUGUUCUUCUUGUGAAACAAAGUUCACCAGAAUUUGAUAAGGUGUAAGAAUCACUUAGUACAGUCUUUUCCACCCCUCGUUUAUUUUGUGUUUUUCCAAACUCUCUAACCACAGAGUGGUCAAGUGUUAGUCAUUUUAAUAUCAGUUUUAGGGGUUAAUUGUUAUUAAAAAAAAUGUGGUGUGCUUUGUCAGGCAGUGUUUCAAAAUUAAAUGGUUGAUACAAUAAUAAUAAUAUUAAUAAUAAUUAAUUAAUAAUUAUUAAUGCCAAAAUUUUUUGCCACUUAUUAAUUAAAGUAUGGUGAUCCAAUUCUUGACCAGGCUUGAGUGACUCAGUCAUUGGAAGGAAAGAAGAUGUCUUUUCAUUUGUUGGUCCAGUUAUUGAUUCACCAAAAUUUGGAACAUGGCUAAUGCAGCAAGUAUGUAGUGUUGACUAUUGACCAAAUCAUAUUAUGUCUUGUGUGUUUUUUGUCCUGUUCCUAAGUCAAAAUGAUAUUCAAGUUAGGGUAAAUUAGUUAUUUCAGCCCAGUUUGAUUAUCAAAUGAUAUCUCUUAGGCCCAAUUAUUUUUGAUCAUGAGGAGAAAUUCUUUGACUUUAAUUUCUCCAGGCAGAACUAUUUCUGAAUUUCUCAAUCAGUAGUCAUAAUAAAUGCUGCAUAGGAAAAUAUGGUCUUUAUGAUAAUUUUCUCCAAAAAAAAGAAAACAAACCAUAUCUGUAACAUUGUUCUGAAAGCAGUAAAUGCGUCAGUAUUUAUUGUUUCCACUAACAGUGUAGUCUGCAUAGUAUGGUGAUUCCCAAUCUCCUCACAGUUUCACUGCCCUCUACUCACCCACCUUGGCUUGUUUGUGCGCCCGACCAAAACCGCCAUUCUGUGCAGGCUGCUAACAGUGACUCAUAAGUGCUGCCGUGGAGUGCAGAGGAUUUUUUAUGUGUGCCCUUGAUUUCAGUUAAGUUUUGUAGUUAUAUUUUACCAUGCAAAUUGCUCUUGUCUAAUGAAGAAUCAAAUAUGAACUUGACAGAUCAAGGCAUCAUGUGAUUAUGUUACAAAUCUGGCAAAGGUUUAAUUACCCAUGCUCUGGAAUGACACUGAUAGCAAUGACUGCCGAUGAAUAACCAGCAGCAACCAACAGACAAUAAAGCGACUUCUUUAAUAAAUUGUUUUCUUUUCCGUCUAGACACUUCAUGCCUUGUUUUAAAGGCUUUGUUUUCUGAAUGCGUCAGACCCCUUGGGGGACUGCUUCUUACCCAGGCUUGUAACCAAUGAGCAUUGGACAAUAUACUUUACAGACCUCCAAACUCUAACGAAUCUGCCGUGAGUCUCACGGUUUUUUAACUUUUCUCACGGUCUCACGACAAGACCCCCAAUCUCACGAAUUUUCAGGAAAUAUCAUUCGGAAAUGAAAAUUGUUACCUUGCUGAAUAAAAACGGAAAUUUCGCGGGGAAUGCUAGUACCUGUUUAAGCCUUGAUGGAGCUUUGUAACAUUUUAGCCAUGACCCAACUGAAUGAAGUUGGCUUAUCGAAAAGAAAAAAUGCGGCAUCUAAUUUGUUACAGGAGGGACCCAAGUAAAGCAGGGUAAUAUUUAAAUAAACAGUUAUAAUUAAUUUCCGCAAUGGAAAAACGCUUCGUUUAAUCUUGAUCGAAAUAAAAUACUUUUUGUAGAAUCUCCCGAUUUUUUUGCACGAGUCUCCAGAUUUUACUCUAUCAGGGUUUGCAGGUCUGUAUUUUACCAGAUUUGUAGCACAAUCACAUGACGUGAUCAGGAUGAUACUUCAAGCGGACAAAUUCAAAUUCGAUUCUUCUGUAAACGAAGGUGAUGCAGGCUGUGAAUUGUAAAAUUCAACUGGAAUCACACAUAACUCCCAAACAUCCUGUGUGCUUAAAAAGUUAGUGUACGCUUGUGACAAAAAAUACCCUUAUGUAUGAUUUGGAAAAUGUGUUGUUAUCUCGCGGCAGUGCAUAAGAAAAGGAGCUCACCUCAUCCUAGGAGCAAUCAGAGGACUGUUAAUAGAACAGGCAGAGAUUCUAAAGAUGGCAUAUGGGGUUCAGUUUAUUGUCAAUUGCUCAGGACUGGGUUCUGUUGAAUUGGCAGGAGAUAAUGAGAUGUUUCCUGUUAGAGGUACGCACUAACGGUAUCACCCCCGACUGUAUUUAAUAUGGUUUUAACCUCUAGAGAGUUCGCGCUCUCGGUUUUAAACGUCAUUGUUCCUGCUCCAUCUCAUUCAAAUUGUUAUUAAUAUGUUAGCGAUUUCCAGAUCAUAAUCAAUUCGCGUUUUCUAAACAUUUUUGGCGAUUGUUCCAACUUGCCUGAACUGCCGAAUUCACGGGUGAACUUCCUGGAGUGGGGACCUCACUCAAAUUUGAAAAUAAUGACAGAGAAAAAUUUGUCCUGGUGUGUGUUCGUCCUCCAUAAAACGUAUCACGUGGUAGGCAUGCAGUGACGGCUAAGAAAAAGCUUCCGAUGCCGUCGUCGUUGUCGUUUGCAAAACUCCUUCCUAAGCAAGCUCCCAGACCCUCUUUUUAAAAUAGCACAGGUACGUUUGGAAAAAAUGCGGCAAGAGAAAUUGAGGAUUUUCUUCAUGUACAGGUCCGUUACCGGACAGGUUUCAGUGUGGUGCAAGUUCCAAUGCUUUUUGUGGUCAAUAUUUUUACCCAUCAACUUUUAGAUCCAGUGACAAAUACUAGACGAUCGGAUUGUUCUAAAUGCGUAUGAGAUUUGAGUUUUGCUUUUCCCUUUUCCAGGUGCACUUUUGAAAGCAAAAAAUGAUGGUACCCUUUUCCCUAAGAUUGACUUUUGUGCCGAGGGAAGGUGGACUAGUUUUGGAGAGGAUGAGGCUGGUCAGCAAGUUCUUGGCCAUCCAUACAUUUUCACGAGAGGUAUCUAACCGUUAAGAGAAUCUGCAUUAAUGCAUAAUAAAAUUGUUAUACUGUUCCUGUAGGUGCACUCUUAAGAGCCAGAAAAAUGAUGGCACUUAUUUCCCAAAGGUUGACUGUUGUGUUGACUAGCUUUGGACAAGAUAAGGCUGGCCAAGAAAUAUUUGAUCAUGUGUAUCUUUUUCCUAAGGUACGCUCGAACUCAGAAAUGCAAAUAAAAUUUCUCUCUUGAAAGGACAUAUUUCCGGCAUCUGUUAACGCUGCCUAAUCACUCUUAGUCAUGAUGACAAGUGAAAAAGAGACCCACACGAUUUAUACUUGUCUAACUGUAUCCAACUACAAUAAAAAAAACCAACAGAAAAUGUUCCUAAAAAGUGGUAUAGGUCCUUAUGUGACGUUGGCAAUUCUGAACGGUCAUCAUUUCCAAGACUGAGCGCACACCUGAGACUGUCGGUGCCCUAAUGGUCAGAUCACUCUAUGCCGUUUGCAAGAAACGUGAUGUUUAUUAUCUGUGUUAGACAAUCAUAGAACGACUACAGAAUUAAAUCGUCUCGUUUAAAGUAGCUAAUUAGCUAAGAACAUUGGCUACGUUAAAUAAAGGUUAUUGUGUUGUAUUGUAUUGUUAUCGCUUGUCUCUCGAUAGUCACUGCUUUGUUGUUGUUUUGCAAUCAAUAACAAAGUGACUAGAUGGUUUGACAUGCAGGUCUUUACGGCCGAACAAGCACACGCGCUCCCUAUGGAAAUAUCAGUCAGGUGAAAUAUCACCUGACUUUAGUGUCAUUUAGGGCUUUUAUUUUUUUUUAAUAAUAAAUUACUCUUAUUACUGAUUAUUAUUAUUAGUAUUAAUAUCAUCAUCAUCAUCAACAUUAUGAUUACGAUUAGUAUUGUUAUCAGUGAGUUUACGCAAGAGGACGGCAGGAAGAAGAGCAAGACAAAACGCUCGUGUGUGACAAACGUGACAGGGCUAUUACUCAGUGAUUACUUGCGUGGUUUUUCGUGAUCUUCACUUAACAUUUUUCUGAAGAUCAGUUUAAUUGAAAGUGAAGUUUGGCAAAGAGUUAUUUCGAACAAAGUUAUCGUCACGCUUUUCACACAAGGUGUCCCUUCUUCUUUCCUCUCCCGUCCUCUUGCGUAAGUUCAUCAUUAUCGUCAGAAACGACCAUCACUGAAGACGUUUUUUUUCGCCGUUUGAAUAAAUACGUUACUAUUGUAUAUUUGACCUGACUAUCAACAGGUCAAGACCAUAUUAUGCUUGGAUCUUUGACACAGCCAAACAGUUCUGACCACAAUGUGCCUUUUUCGGCUCCAUACGUUCAAUCCAUGCUGACGAAGUGUAAGGACCUCUGUCCUCGCCUCCAUGCACUAAAGGAUAGUGACUUACAAGUUACUGUAGGAAUACGUCCAGGAAGAGAGCAAAUCAGAGUUGAACAGGACCCUGAGGAUUCAAGUGUUUUCCACAACUAUGGCCAUUACCGAUGGGGAAUGACGUUAAAUUGGGGCAGUGCAGCUGACAUCGUUAAUCUUAUUGACAAGGAAUUAAAGACAAAUUUUAGGCAAAGCCAACUGACAACAAACAAACGCUUACAUUUGGCCAAGCUUUAA